GGCUUAUCCACUUGGCACCGAACGUAUCCUACAAUGGCCGCCCUCGCCUUUUCCACGAAAUCUUUCGCGCCCAGGCAGCCCCUUGUUGCCUGGGGUCAGAAAGCUCACUCGAAACGUGUCGCGCCUAUAACAAAGGCGGGCAAAUAUGACGACGAGCUUCUCGAGACCGCCACGAAUAUGACCAAACCCGGAAAGGGCAUUUUGGCAAUGGACGAGUCCAACGCGACUUGUGGUUCCCGCCUCGAAGGAGUUGGCGUCGAAAACAACGAGGAAAACCGUCGACGCUACCGUGAGCUGCUCAUCACCACCCCAAACUUAGGCGAGCACAUCGGCGGUGCCAUUCUCUUCGAAGAAACGCUCUAUCAGUCAUGCGCAGACGGGACAACGUUCGUCGAUGCGCUUAAAGCACAGGGGAUCUAUCCUGGAAUCAAGGUCGACAAGGGUCUCAAGCCGCUCGCGAACACCAAUGAAUCUUGGUGCCAGGGUCUUGACGGUCUCGCUGACCGUGCAGCUGAGUAUUACAAGCAAGGGGCUCGUUUUUGCAAAUGGCGCUCUGUGGUCUCCAUCCCAGAUGGACCAUCACGCGUCGCGGUGACAGACUGUGCUUAUGGACUCGCGCGUUACGCCGCAAUUUGUCAGAACGCCGGGCUUGUGCCGAUCGUGGAGCCCGAGAUUCUCCUCGAUGGUGACCAUGAUAUUGAUACUACCUUUGAGGUCGCCUCUUGGGUGUGGGCUGAAACCUUCAAGUAUCUCGCUGACAACAACGUGUCAUUCGAGCGGAUGCUUCUGAAGCCCUCCAUGGUCGGACCUGGUGCCGACUGUCCCAAGCGCUCGACUCCUGAAGAGGUCGCGGACUACACCCUUCGCAUGCUGAAAUCUCGUGUCCCACCUGCGACUGCUGGAAUCAUGUUCCUCUCUGGAGGUCUCUCCGAGCUUGACUCUACCCUCUACCUGAAUGCGAUGAACCAGUCGCCGAACCCUUGGCACGUGUCUUUCUCCUACGCUCGCGCACUUCAAAACACCGUGCUGAAGACGUGGGCCGGAGACGACGAGAAAAAGGAUGAAGCGCAAGCCAUCCUCGCUCGCCGCACUCAGGAGAACGGACUCGCACAACUUGGCAAAUUCGUGGCUGGCGAUGUAUCUGCCUCCGAGUCAGAGUCUACUUACCAGAAAAACUAUGUGUACUGAGAAAGAAAGAUAUUCUCUGCCGGGAUUUCUCAUCAUCGUAUAUCUUCGUACCUUGUUUGCUGUCGUUCCGAGGAGCACUUUCGCUCGCACUUUCGCAUUGCAUUACACGAAGGUGCAUCAUUUACCGCUUGCUUGUUACCUCGCUCCGAAGCACUUAACACUGCGUACACACUCUGCGCGAGAAAGGCACUAGCUACCGAAAUACUCUAACGCAGGUCUCCCAAAGUAGUCGGCAUAAGACAUAUGAUGCGCGGUGACUGCCCUCUCUCAUAUUUGUCGUUUUCGCUGACUUGCGGUCGGGCCCGAUUUCGGUCGGUUAUAAAACUCUUUGGUCCUGGGUCCGUCCUUGAAAGAAGACCUCUGAUGGAGGCGACCUGGCUUGAACGGAGGGGUCGAAAAGCCGCUUCGCGGCUGUUUAAACUCUAAACCCUGAAAACCCGAACCCCUAAAGACACGGCUCCCACCCUAAAAAUACAGCGCAUCGCUUGUUAAUCGCGCGUCAGCGGCUACAUGAGCGCGCAUCUUGCUUACGUUAAAAGCGCUCCUAUCAAACCAACAGUUUCACGCUUUCAAACCAUCUCCGUCCUAACUCUUACCGAAGGUACGAAGGUAUAAUAUCAAAAUACCAAUUCCUCU